AUGGGCGUGGACCGAGGCGGCGGGUGCGUGGUGGAAAAGAUGGUUGGCCGCCCCAUCUCACCCAUCGCCAUCUUGGCGAGUAAUUGCUCUGUGAGUAAGGCCACCAAGAGGAAGGCCACCACUGGAGAUGAGCCCCCACUGAAGAGGCAGAGGGGUGUUAUGUCUGAUGCCAACACCAAACCUGCUCAAUCAACCCUGGAGUCAGUGAUCGUGGUCAACAGCUCCAGUGACGAGAGCACAGUGUUGUCAGGCCACACCAGCAGAGCUGACUUCGAGGCCAAGUACUUGGAGCGUAAAAAACUUGGUCAAGGAGGCUUUGGCUCAGUUUAUGCCGGCCACAGAAGGUCUGAUGAUUUACCAGUGGCGAUAAAACACAUCCCCAUCUGUGACGUGCCCUGUCAAAAAGUGAUGUUAAAUGGGAGGGCAUGCAGGAUUCCAAAGGAGGUGCUGCUCAUGCACAAAGCCGCAGGUGAACCAGUGACUGUGGGAAAAUCUGCGGCCGUGUCGAUACUGGACUGGUACGAUCUGGACCAAGAGGUUAUUCUGGUCAUGGAGAGGCCAGUCCCCUCUAUGGAUCUGCUGCGCUUCAUGGAUGAGAACUAUGGUCCGAUGGCCGAGGACGUUGCAAAGAUCAUCAUGAAGCAGCUGGUGGAUGCUGCCAUCGAUUUGAAAGCCAAAGGCGUCUUCCACAGAGAUAUAAAAGCAGAGAACAUCCUCAUCGAGUUCAGCUCCGAUGGCCAUCGAGUUCGGCUCAUUGAUUUUGGAUGUGGCUGCAUUUGCAAGAAAAACCGCAUUUACAUCCAGUUCUCUGGAACACUAGCAUACGCUCCUCCAGAGUUUCACAUCAACUGGCAAUACAUGGCCGGCCCCACGACAGUCUGGCAGUUGGCAGCAUUGCUCUUUGAAAUGCUGGAUGGAUUCAGCCGGUUCCGCACCACAGGGUUCCUCAGGAAUGAACUCCGAAUCAGCUCUGUGUGGUCCAAAGACUGCCAAGACUUCUUGGCAAAGUGUUUGGCUUUAGAGCCUGAGGACCGUGCCACUCUGGAGGAAAUGCAGCAGCACCCCUGGUUUAAGUUCCUCUGUUGA